UUUUUUUAACUAUUCAAGGAUUAGAAGUUGUGUUUACCUGGCGUCGUUAUCUCUUCUCUUUUCUUUCUUGUUGCUCAUUCUUGCUUCGUCCAGAGUGAAUUUGUCAGAGCGAUACUUGAACUAAUGAAGAUAUGCUUUCCCUGAAGGGGAGGGUUUAAGACUUUCAGUAAGUCCUGCCUACUGACUAUAAAUGAACAGCAAAACCUGCAUCACAGUUAGCCAGCAGGAACUGUCCCUACGAUGGGAGACUCUUUCAUCAUAGCUAUCGACUUUGGGACUGCAUACAGUGGAUAUGCCUUCAAUAUAACACCCAGAAAUCAAAAAACUGAGCCCUGUGUCAGGUAUUGGGGUGAGAAGAGUGCAAGAGAAACUCCAAAGACUCCUACCUGCAUCCUUUUUGAUAAAUAUAAACAGUUUAUCAGCUUUGGAUAUGAAGCGAAAGAAGCGUAUGUGUCAAGAAUGGGAACAGAAGCAAAAGAUAAGUUAUUCUUCGAAAGCUUCAAGAUGUCCCUCUAUAAACGAAAACUCAGCCUGGAUAUGAAAAUUAAAGCUGCAAAUGGGAAAGAAAUGAAAGCUCUGCAGGUUUUUACAGAAGCUCUAAAAUUUCUGAAGGAAGAUGCUCUGACAACUAUUGCACAACACACUGCAGGGAGACAGUUCACAGCCGCUGACUUCACCUGGGUGCUGACUGUUCCUGCAAUCUGGGAGGAAUCAGCCAAACAGUUCAUGAGGGAAGCUGCAACUCAGGCAGGUAUUGUGACCAAAGGAAAAGAAGAUAAAUUGGUCAUUGCACUGGAACCAGAAGCGGCUUCAGUCUAUUGUAAGAAACUUCCAUCAGAUGGUUUCAUUGCAGAAAACCUAGGGGAUGGAAAACUUGACCAGUCACCAGGAACUCAGUAUAUUGUUGUUGAUUGUGGAGGUGGAACCAUUGACAUCACUUUUCAUGAAGUCCUGGAAGAAGGAAAUUUGAAAGAGCUGCACAAAGCCUCUGGAAAUGAUCUGGGAGGACAAACUGUGGACAGAAAAUUUAAACAGUUCCUCCGAGAAAUAUUCACUGGAGUCUGGGAUGAUUAUGAAAAGAAAUUCCCCAAUGAAGUUCAGAAAAUUAUGUACGAUUUCACACUUUUCAAAAAACACGAAGAUGAUGUAGAAAUCCCCUGCCCAUUUAACCUGGGGAAACUGGCUGAGAAAAAGAAAAAGAUUGAGAAGUACUUUAAAAAAGUGCAUGGGGCGACCUGGGAGGAUGGAUCCAUCAAAAUCUCUAAAGAGAAACUGAAAGAAUUCUUUGAAGAGAGCCUAGAGGGUAUAACUAGAUGUCUCACAGAAAUAUUAAAAAAAGACUUCAAAAUUAAAUAUAUCCUUUUAGUUGGUGGGUACGCUGACAGUAAGAUUCUACGUAACCACAUUACUGACAAGUUUGGAGAUGACUACACUAUUCUGUGCCCAUUCAGGCCACAAGAAGUUAUCAUGAAGGGAGCUGUGGAGUUUGGAAGAAACAAGGGAGUGGUGGCAUCCAGAAAAAAUCCCUUCACUUAUGGAAUUGGGAUCUUUCAGAGGUUUGAUAAGUUCAGGCACAGGGAAGACAAAAAAUUCACCAACAAAGAUGGUGUAUGGUGUAGAGACAUAUUCAUGAAGCUGGUGGAUGUUGGUGAGGAUGUUUGUUGGAAUGAAACCAGAGAGCACACAUUGUAUCCGGUAGAAGCAGCUCAGAAAGCAAUGAGCUUUUCGUUUUAUCGCACUAAGAAAAAACAUGUAGCAUAUAUUGAUGAACCAGACACUGAGGAAAUUGGCUCAUUUGUUGUUGAGUCUCCUGACACCACACUGGGUUUGAGUCGUGAGAUCAGACUUAAAAUAAAGUUUGGCUUCACAGAAAUGACAGCAACAGGCACUGAUAGAGAGUCAGGCUCAUCACAAACGAUUAGGAUAAACUUCAUGAGGAAUUAGCAUAAAAGAUGCAUCUUUGUUGACUUUUAUCCAGUAGAAAUGAGAAGGCAGCCUACACAAAGACAGACUUGGUUUGAAAUCUUCUGAACAUGGUUAAAAACAUAAUGUUAGAGGUUGCCAGCUGUGAUACAUUAUGGAGUACCUUCAUAUGAUUUAUUUUAACAUUUCCAUAAAAUGUCAUUUUCUAAACUAAUUCCACAUAUCAUGAGGUAGAUAGUUGUUGGACAGCUAUAA